AUGUCGGCUGAAGAUUAUGAAGAAGAUGGAAUUAAAUGGCAAUGCGGUACUGAUGACCUCAGUAAAAUAAUGAGUGAAGCUAGUGUCGAACAAACCUGUCCACAUUUGAAAGCCCCAAUAAAUAACUGCUGUGUGGCUCAUGAUGACUGCUAUGACAAACAGCUGGGACAGCACUUUUGUGACGAUAAGUUCUGCAAAUGUUUAGAUGUAACAACAAAACAUAACAGAUCCUGCAAUCGAGGUGAGGCCGUUCUAUUCUGUGACUUAGUGAAGAAGUAUGGUGCUGGGCCGUAUGCAGCAUCUGCAACAACAGUAUCACCAUCAACAACCAAAAGGCAAGAUAAUGUUAUAAUGGGUAAAGCUCGAGUUCUACUGACUGGUUCUGGCCUUUCAAAACAUGCACCCUCCGCACGUCCAACACCUCCCACAACCAAAGAAUCCCAAAACAAUACUUCUACGGUUUCAUUCACUCAAGAAACUACGACAGCGUUACCGCACAGUACUACGGGGGGCACUCAGACUACGACGACCAGUCACGUUGAUGUCUCUUCCUACCCGAGUUUUCCAUUUCCUUUCCCUUACCCAAGCUGA